AGUAACAACAUCUCCGUUAGAGAGCUUGAAAGGAAGCCGUUACAGUCCAUCAGCUGAGCCGCUACACCUUAAAGGGAACAUAAUUAAAUAAAUAAAUAAAUAAAGCAGGCGCUUUCAUCUCCGUGCAGAAAAGAAAGAUGUUGUUGAGCUUCAGUCAUAGAGGUACCCCCAUUUGCUAGCACCCUGCCAAGUAGCGCCUAAAGCUGAGGGGCGAAGGCGAUGCAGCAGGCUUGCGAUCUUACCGAAGAGACGGGCAGAGGGCGGCUUUCGGCAAGCAACUGGCGCUGCAGCUCGGAGUGCGGAUCUCAGCUGGAGAUGGAACGAGCAGCCGAAGAAGUGUAGUGACCAAGAAAGUGCAAAGUGCCUCUGGACCGGGGACCUCGUGUGCAGCUGCGCACCUCCCGCCAAGAGCAUAAUUGGCUCGCCGAGUAUUAUUAACGAGGGACUUAAUUUGUGGGGGGUGCAGGAGCUUUCGAUCAGAAAACUCAACCAAAGGAAGAACGGAAGGAGCCAAUUGUCAAACUGCCAGGCCUCGACAAGUGGGACCUUUGCUCAAUGCAGGGGGAUCGGACCGGACUGGACGCCACUGAAGCGCUCGUCCGUUGGCGGUUUGAGAGCUGCGGCUAUUACGGUGUAUCACCUGAGUGGAGACCUUGCAUUUUUAAUCUUUUCUUGCUACUAUGAGGAUUUAAUCAAUCUGGAUACAAAGUCUGUAUAAAAUAGGAUUUAUAAUAUACAAACCCAUUGACCAACAAUGACCACUCCAGCUCUGCUGCCCUUGUCCGGGCGGAGGAUACCUACCCUAAAUCCUGGCAGUUCUCCAUUCCCUCAUCACCGAGCAACAUUGCGCCUCUCUGAGAAGUUCAUAUUACUCCUCAUCCUCAGUGCCUUCAUCACUCUGUGCUUUGGAGCCUUCUUUUUUCUCCCUGAUUCCUCCAAGCAUAAGCGCUUUGACUUGGGUCUUGAAGAUGUGCUCAUUCCCCACAUAGACUCCAACAAGGAAGGCAAGCACCUGGGUGGUCACAUCAUUCAUGGCCAAGGAGGUCAUGAUGAGCACCGACACAGGGAGGAGGAGGAAAGCUUGAGAAGCAAAAUUCGAGCAGAUCAUGAAAGAGCACUGGAGGAAGCAAAGGAGAAGCUGAAAAAGUCCCGUGAGGAGCUAAGAGCAGAGAUUCAGACAGAAAAGAACAAAGUCGCCCAAGAUCUGAAGAAGAAGGACAGUAAGCAAUUACCACCAGUACCAAUGCCCAAACUUGUCGGCAUUCAUGAUGGCGACCCUGGAGAUCCUGACAUCAAAGAAAAACGGGACAAAAUCAGAGAGAUGAUGAAGCAUGCAUGGGACAGUUAUAGACAGUAUGGCUGGGGACAUAAUGAGCUGAAACCCCUAGCAAAAAAGGGUCAUUCCACCAACAUUUUUGGAAAUUCCCAAAUGGGAGCUACUAUAGUUGAUGCCUUAGACACGCUUUACAUAAUGGGCUUACAUGAUGAGUUUAAAGAUGGACAGCAGUGGAUUGAACAAAACCUUGAGUUCAACGUGAAUGCUGAAGUUUCUGUUUUUGAAGUAAACAUCCGAUUCAUUGGUGGGUUGCUUGCAGCAUACUAUCUUUCUGGACAGGAGGUUUUCAAGAUUAAAGCUGUGCAACUUGCUGAAAAACUACUUCCUGCAUUUAACACACCAACAGGCAUACCCUGGGCAAUGGUUAAUUUAAAAAGUGGUGUUGGUCGAAACUGGGGAUGGGCCUCGGCUGGUAGCAGUAUUCUUGCAGAAUUUGGCACUCUUCACAUGGAAUUUGUACACCUCACCUACUUGACCGGAGACCCAGCCUACCUUAAUAAAGUAAUGCAUAUUAGAAAGCUUUUGCAGAAAAUGGACCGACCUAAUGGACUUUACCCAAAUUACCUGAACCCAAGAACAGGCCGCUGGGGCCAACAUCACACAUCUGUAGGUGGACUGGGUGACAGCUUUUAUGAAUACUUAUUAAAAGCCUGGCUAAUGUCUGAUAAAACGGAUCUAGAAGCACGGCAGUUAUAUGACGAUGCUAUUGAGGCAAUUGAAAGACAUUUGAUUAGAAAGUCAAAUGGUGGUCUGACAUUCAUUGGGGAAUGGAAAAAUGGACACCUUGAGAGGAAAAUGGGCCAUUUAACCUGUUUUGCUGGUGGGAUGUUUGCUCUUGGGGCAGAUGGUUCACCAGGAGAAAAGGCAGGACAUUACUUGCAGUUGGGAGCAGAGAUUGCACAUACCUGCCAUGAAUCAUAUGACAGAACAGUCCUAAAACUCGGCCCAGAAGCAUUCAAGUUUGACAGUGGCUUGGAAGCAGUUGCAGUCCGGCAAAAUGAAAAAUACUACAUUCUUCGACCAGAAGUGAUUGAGACCUAUUGGUAUAUGUGGAGAUUUACACAUGAUCCAAAGUACCGGCAGUGGGGUUGGGAGGCAGCACAGGCAAUUGACAAGUAUUGCAGAGUGAGUGGUGGUUUCUCAGGAGUGAAGGAUGUCUAUUCAUCAUCCCCUACAUAUGAUGAUGUUCAACAGAGCUUCUUCCUAGCAGAAACUCUGAAGUAUCUGUACCUCCUUUUCUCCAGUGAUGACCUCUUACCUCUGGACAAUUGGGUCUUUAACACAGAAGCUCAUCCACUGCCUGUUUUGCAUUUGGCGAACUCAACGCUUUCUGCCAACAAUGUCAUUCGAUAGGAUCAGGUGGCACCUUUGGACCACUUCUUGCCUUUAUCAAUAGAACAAGGUGAAGAAAUAAAACCGAGCCUGUGAGGCCAUCACGAAUGAUUUCUGUUUAGUUCGGAUUGUUACAGAGGAACUAAAAGGUUUUUCUUUAUUUUUUUUCUUACUCUGGACAUGUUUAUGAUAGACAUCAAGAGAAAUUGAUUCAGAAUAUUCCAUUUUAUAAAUCUGACCAAAAUUUCUAAGGAAAACAGUGUA